AUGGACUACCAAAACCGCGUCGGCUCCAAGUUCGGCGGCGGCGGCGUCGCCUCCCACAGCGCCACCAACGCCGACCGCCGCGAGCGGCUGCGCAAGCUCGCCCUCGAGUCCAUCGACCUCGACCGCGACCCCUACUUCUUCCGCAACCACCUGGGCUCCUUUGAGUGCCGCCUCUGCCUCACCGUCCACCAGAACGACGGCUCCUACCUCGCCCACACCCAGGGCAAGAAGCACCAGACCAACCUCGCCCGCCGCGCCGCCAAGGAGCAGCGCGACGGCCUGCGCCGCGACAUUGACCCGGCCACCGGCCUGCCCAUGGGCGUCGCCGGCGCCGGCUUUGGUGCCCUGGGGUUUGGCGGUACGGAAAAGGCGGCCGUCGUCCGCAUCGGCCGCCCCGGCUACAAGAUUGUCAAGGUGCGCGACCCCGCGACGCGCCAGGUCGGCCUGCUCUUCCAGCUGCAGUACCCCGACAUUGGCGCCGACGUCACCCCCCGCUGGCAGGUCACGAGCGCCUUCAGCCAGCGCGUCGAGACCCCCGACCGCCAGUUCCAGUACCUGCUCGUCGCCGCCGACCCCUACGAGACCUGCGGCUUCAAGAUCCCCGCACGCGAGCUCGACCGCCGCGCCGGCCGCACCUUUGACUACUGGGACCGCGACGCCCGCGAGUACUGGGUCCAGGUCAUGUUCAUCACCGAGCGCGAAGAGCAGUUCAAUGCCGCGCCGGGGCUGACGGGGCGGUAA